AGGACUAACCUCAUUCUACCACGAAGCUUGAGCUUCUUGUGAACCUGCUUAUUCUAGUACAACUCCCUAAUCAAACUUCUAGGACCUGGUUAUCUCGUAGUGUUUCCCUAAGACUUCAAUUUUUGAGUUUUUGAGAGUAAUUAGCGCUAGUGUCCUCUUUAGUUGUACAACCGCUACCUCAGUGCUUGUCUAAGAUCAUUCACGACCACGACCAUAUUAUCGCCAUCCCCAUGUUGCAUCGUAAUAUUGAGAAAUGUUCUUCGAAGAAUGAUGUUGCUUUGCGACAAUUUCUUACGUGUUUCAUUGAAGACUCCGAAAAUGACGGACAACUACGAGAUCAUCUAGAAGGAGACCCAGACUCUUCCAACCGCCUAAUAAAGUCUUCUCUGGACUACCUCGCGAGCGCCUUUCUCUCUGGGGAAGAAGGUUUCGACAAGUUCAGAGGAGAUGUGUGUGCUUGGGCAGUGUGCUUUCGUGAGAAGCUGUGCGAAAUAUCAGGUUUUGAUGCUGGGCAAGACGAUGGUGUGGAAGUGGAGCAAGAUUUUCUGGAAUUUUUUCAGGUAGAAGAUGCAGACGGAAACGGUGACCAGCAUGACCAAGCAGAUGAAAACAGCGGAGGACAAGAUGCUAACACUCCUGCGCCCAGAACCUUGGACUUCCUGGAAGAAGUGGUCGAAAAACUUGUGGAGCGGAAGUUUUUGUAUCAGAUCGCUCCUUGUCCUUUUGAUCAACCUGGUGUGCGGGUUCUAGCGAUUCUGACCGAAGAUGGCCAAUACCAUCCGGCUGUUGUGGAGCGGGAGGUGCAUGAUUUGUUUCAGACUCCUACGGGUGAGACCACUCCUCCUGUUAAUGGAGGGACUCACGCAGAAGUCCCAGCGCCGACAAAGGCGAGCAGUGCCAAAGACCGCAAGCAAAACCGGAAGGAGACGCGGGAGAAUAAGAAGAACCAGAAAAAGUUGGCCAAUGCUGCGCCAUUGCGGUUUUUCGAGGUCCGUUUUUCAGAGUUCGGCAAAGUCCAAUUAGUCAAAGAGGAAAACCUGAUCUACGAUGACGCGCAACCAUUGGACGAUGGGGAGCGGGACAUGGGAGAGGGUGAGUGCGAACUGUGUGGAAAUUUCUUCGAUCACAUCACGUUUCACCAUUUAGUCCCGAAAUCUACGCAUCGACGAUAUCUACGUCGCAAAAAGUGGCCAGCUGGCGUGAAUUUACCACGGCAUAUGUGCAGGGGGUUGUUCAAAUACAACAGAAACUACGUGGGGCACAAUAGUGCUGGAGGACCUGGUUCUUCUGGUGGAAGCAGCAGUCUGGUCGGUUCUGGAGGUUCUCGCAGUCUUGGUGUAGGCUCUGGAGGUUCACGUAGUCUUCAGAAUAGUGUAGGGAGUGGAGGUGGAAGAAGCGCCGCAGGUACUGCAAAAAGCGGUAGAAAUGGAGACUCUGGAGGUGUGCCUGUGCCGGACGAUGACGACGAGGAGGAAGAUCUCUAUCUCCAAAACUACCUGCAGAGAACGAGCAGUACUACUGGUGGUGCCUCUACUAACAACAACAGCGGCAAGAAUCAUGGAAAACCAGGAUCUUCGCCUCCCUCUACUGUGAACAUCAUUGAGCCACCGAAUCGUAUUUUACUCAACUGCUAUGGAGCUAUGUUGUGCGGUAAAUGCCAUGCGCACGUGCAUCGCUUGGCCGGCAACGACGUGUUGGCGACGGAUUUUAACACAGUGGCAAAGCUGAAAAGCGACCCGAGGAUGCAAGCGUGGCUGUCGUUUAAGCAAUAG